AUGGGGCCUUCGAUGCUUCGGUCGCUUGCCACCCUCCCUACACGGGCUGAAAACCACCUCGACCUGCUGGGCGAUAAUCCUGACAGACUCGACGGAGCCAAAUGCUGCAUUGAUCAUAGCGCGUUUACAAAUGAUCAUCUCAUUGAUGACGAGCUGUCUAGUCACCUUGGUAGGGUGUAUUACGGGAUCUUACCCGCCGCCAAAGACGACAUUGUCACCAAUUAA